GGUUAAUCCUCCUUUAGGUGGCGUCUGCAACCACCCACCACACCACCACCUGUCACCGGCUCACCGCCAACUAAAAAACACUCUCUUUCCACCUUACCACAAUUACCAAACUACCCCUCACCAUUACCGAAUUACCAAACUUAUUUUAAAUGCUGCAAUUGCAAACCCCUUUAUUAGUGAAUGAGUCAUGUCUGACUUGUACUACCACUCUUACUACUACUUUUUAUAAACUCCAACAAACAAUUCCAUACUUGGUUUUUUCACCAUUUUCUGCAUCAAACACCAAAAAGUUUGGAAAAUCAGGAGAGAGAAACUUCAACAACAACAACAAGAACAACAAUAGUAGUAGUAUUACUAUUAGUGGAAGAAGCAGAGUUGUUAGGGCAAUGCCGUCUACUUGUUCAUCCUCCAUUGAAGCAGCUCGUGGUGGCAAUAUUCGUAAUUUUAAGCAUACUGAGGCCUCUUUUCUUGCUUCUCUUAUGCCGAAGAGAGAGAUUGCUGCUGAUAAGUUUCUUGAUGCUCAUCCUCACUUUGACGGUCGCGGUGUCCUUAUUGCUAUCUUCGAUUCCGGGGUGGACCCUGCUGCUGCUGGUUUACAAGUAACAUCUGAUGGGAAGCCAAAGAUUUUGGAUGUCCUUGACUGUACUGGUAGUGGGGAUGUUGACACAUCCACUGUGGUGAAGGCUGACGAGGAUGGCUGCAUUUGUGGAGCUUCAGGAGCACAGCUGGUAGUGAAUUCCUCGUGGAAGAAUCCUUCUGGGGAGUGGCAUGUGGGUUGUAAACUGGUUUAUGAGCUGUUUACUAAAGAUCUAACAUCCCGUUUGAAGAAAGAAAAGAGGAAAAUUUGGGAUGAAAAGAAUCAGGAGGCAAUUGCUGAAGCUGUAACUAACCUCACAGAAUUUGAUCAGAAACAUACUAAGGUGGAAGAUCCACACCUGAAAAGGUUGCGUGAAGACCUCCAGAGUAAGAUAGACUUCCUACAAAAGCUAGCUAAUAGCUACGAUGACAAAGGACCUGUUAUCGAUGCUGUUGUAUGGAAUGAUGGGGAGGUAUGGAGGGUUGCUCUUGACACUCAAAGCUUUGAGGAUGAACCAGACAAGGGGAAACUUGCAGAUUUUGUUCCCCUCACAAACUAUAGAAUUGAAAGGAAGUUUGGUAUAUUCAGCAAGCUAGACGCUUGCUCAUAUGUGACUAAUGUGUAUGAAGAAGGAAACGUCUUAAGCAUUGUAACUGAUUGUUCACCUCAUGGAACUCAUGUUGCCGGCAUUGCCACAGCAUACCACCCCCAGGAGCCCUUGUUGAAUGGAGUUGCACCUGGAGCACAGAUCAUUUCCUGUAAGAUUGGUGAUGCUCGCUUAGGUUCAAUGGAGACAGGGACAGGCUUGACUCGAGCUUUAAUUGCAGCUGUGGAGCACAAAUGUGACCUGAUCAACAUGAGCUAUGGUGAACCUUCUUUACUGCCAGAUUAUGGUCGCUUUGUUGAUCUAGUUAAUGAGGCUGUCAAUAAGCAUCACUUGGUAUUUGUUAGUAGUGCUGGAAAUGAGGGCCCUGCUUUGAGCACAGUAGGAGCACCGGGGGGCACCACAUCAAGCAUCAUUGGUAUUGGUGCUUAUGUUUCUCCUGCAAUGGCAGCCGGAGCUCAUUGUGCUGUAGAACCUCCUAGUGAAGGGCUAGAGUACACAUGGUCGAGUCGAGGGCCAACUGCAGAUGGAGAUCUUGGUGUCUCUGUAAGUGCUCCUGGUGGGGCCGUAGCUCCUGUUCCAACGUGGACCCUUCAAUGUCGAAUGCUCAUGAAUGGAACCUCAAUGUCAUCUCCAUGUGCUUGUGGUGGAGUUGCAUUACUUAUUAGUGCAAUGAAGGCUGAAGGUUUUCACGUGAGUCCUUAUGGUGUGAGGAAGGCUAUUGAAAAUACAUGUGUUCCAAUUUGUAGUUCUCCAGAGGAGAGACUAACGACAGGGAUGGGGCUUAUGCAAGUUGACAAGGCAUUUGAAUACAUUAGACAAUCAUGUGACCUUCCUUCUGUUUGGUACGAAGUAAAAGUCAAUCUAUCUGGAAAGUCAACACCUACAUAUCGAGGUAUCUACUUGAGAGAGGCCAGUGCUUGCCAACAGGCUGCAGAGUGGACAGUCCAAGUUGCUCCAAAAUUUCAUGAGGAUGCGAGUAAGUUAGAUGAUUUAGUUCCCUUCGAGGAAUGUAUUGAGUUGCAUUCCAGUGACCCUACAGUUGUCAGGGCUCCUGAGUAUCUCCUCUUGACUCACAAUGGGCGUAGCUUCAACGUAAUUGUUGAUCCCUCAAAUCUUGAAAAUGGGUUACAUUAUUAUGAAGUCUACGGAAUUGAUAGUAAAGCCCCUUGGCGUGGUCCUCUAUUCAGAAUUCCGGUGACUAUUACAAAGCCCACACCUCUGGUAAAUUGUCCACCGGUGAUUUCUUUCACGGGGAUGCAGUUUUCACCUGGUCAUAUAGAACGGAGAUAUAUUGAAGUACCUCUUGGUGCUACGUGGGUUGAGGCAACCAUGCGAACAUCCGGAUUUGAUACAACUCGUAGAUUUUUUGUUGACGCUGUACAGCUUUCUCCCCUGAAAAGGUACAUGAAAACAGAGAGUGUGGUCACAUUCUCAUCUCCCUCAGCUCAGACUUUUUCUUUUGCGGUAGAGGGUGGUAGAACAAUUGAAUUAGCUGUUGCUCAAUUUUGGUCAAGUGGAGUAGGAAGUCAAGAAAUAACAGCAGUGGAUUUUGAGAUUGCUUUUCAUGGUUUCAAAGUUAAGAACGAGGAAAUAAUUCUUUGUGGGAGUGAAGCUCCCGUAAGAAUAGAUGUUGGAAGCCUGCUAUCAUCUGAGAAACUUGUCCCUUCAGCUAUGCUGAAAAAGAUUAGAAUUCCAUUACGACCAGUGUCAACGAAACUCAGAACUCUCCCAACAAAUCGGGACAGGUUGCCAUCAGGGAAGCAGAUUUUAGCCCUGACAUUAACUUACAAGUUUAAACUCGAGGAUGGAGCUGAGAUUAAACCUUAUAUACCUUUGCUUAACAACCGUGUAUAUGACACAAAGUUUGAGUCUCAAUUCUAUACGAUCUCAGAUGCGAACAAGCGUCUUUAUGCCUGCGGUGAUGUCUAUCCAAAAGCUGCGAGCGUGCCAAAGGGUGAAUUCACCUUGCAAUUGUAUUUAAGGCAUGAUAACAUGCAAAUAUUGGAAAAAAUGAAGACUCUGGUCAUAUUUAUUGAGAAGUCUUUGGAGGCAAAGGAAGUCAUACAAUUAAGCUUUUAUUCUCAACCUGAUGGCCAUGUGACUGGAAAUGGUAGCUUUCAGUCUUCAAUCUUGGUUCCAGGAUCAGAAGAAGCAUUUUAUGUCGGUCCACCAACCAAGGACAAACUUCCAAAGAAUUGUCCUGAGGGAUCAUUACUGGUUGGAGCCAUUUCAUAUGGAAGGGUAUCUAUUUCCGGGGAGAAAGGUGGAGGAGACCCUGAAAAGAACCCUGUUUCUUAUCAAAUAUAUUAUGUGGUUCCCCCUAAUAAGCCUGGUGAAGACAAAGGGAAUGAUGUUUCUGUAUCAACUAGCAAGACUGUAGCUGAGCGAUUAGAGGAAGAGGUUAGGGAUGCGAAGAUAAAAGUCUUGACAAGCCUGAAGCAGAGCAGUGAUGAAGAGCGUGCAGAAUGGAAGAAACUAUCCGUGUCUUUGAAGUCUGAAUAUCCAAAGUACACUCCAUUACUUGCUAAGAUCUUGGAGGGUAUGCUUUCUCAAGAUAACAUUGAAGAAAAAUGUGGCCAUUUGGAAGAGGUUAUUGAUGCAGCUGAUGAGGUAAUUGAUAGCAUUGAUAGAGAGGAGCUGGCAAAAUAUCUUUCACAGAAAAGUAUUCCUGAAGAUGAUGAGGAAGAGAAAACCAAGAAGCAAAUGGAGACAACACGAGACCAGUUAGCAGAGGCACUUUACCAGAAAGGACUAGCUUUGUCUGAAAUUGAAUCAUUGAAGGCAGAAAGAAGAGCAUCGGAUUUGACAAAUGAUCAGGUCGCAACUCCCUCGAAUGCACAGCAAGAUUCAUUUGAAGCGACAUACAAGGAGUUAAGAAAAUGGGCAGAUGUAAAGGCAUCAAAAUAUGGAACUCUCUCUGUGAUUCGUGAGAUACGUUCCAAUAGGCCGGGAACAGCCCUGAAGGUAUUAAAUGACAUGAUCAACGAUGACGGACAACCUCCGAAAAAGAAACUGUACGAUCUCAAGCUCUAUCUGAUUAAAGAGAUUGGAUGGGAACACAUAGCUUCAUACGAGCAACAGUGGAUGCAUGUCCGCUUUCCAUCAAGCUCACCUCUCUUCUAAGUUUUUUUAUUAUUAUUAUUAUUGUCUGCAUGUUUCCCUCUUUACCACUUUCAACUAUCCACGAGUACCACAAUGGUGAACACACACUUGCAGGUCUAGUUCCAGGUAUAGGGUUUGUUGGGGAAGGAGUCUACUUGAUUCUAUAAUUUCAAGACUUCUAUAGAGGGGUUGAUGGUGAACAAAUAGAUUUUAAUGUAAGAUUUCAGAUCUGUUAGACGUUCGAUUUAUCUACCAGGAGAUAUGUAUAAGAUCCUUUUCGUUAUCCAUCUUACUCAACAUGCUCAUUUUAAGUCAUGUAUCACAAUUCACACGGGAACUUACCUAAUUUCUCUCAAUAAAGCGUGUUUAUUGACACUA